GCUCAGCCAAUGACCUCAUUUUUGUUCCCUGGAUUAUGGGGAUCACAAUCAGAGCUAAUUCUGACAGUGAACAACAUCAUCAGAAAUAAAACCGCUGUUCCUGAUCAACUUCAUCUCCUGCUCAAGAAACACAAACCAGAUUUCAAUGCUUUGUUUGCUAGUCCUGAGCGAGAUGUGAGAGACAGACAGACAGUGCUCAAGUCAGUAACAGAGGGUAUACUUCUGCCUGGUAACACCACACCUAGAACACUCCCCAAACUAUUUACCCAAGAGGUGGUAUUACUGAGUGAUGUAUUGAAGUUGAACGAGUUGGUGUGUGUUGACCUGCUAUUAGCAGGAGAGGAGCACCUCCCUAGGUUCCCUACUCUCACUAGAGGAUUACUUGCUGUUCUCCUUUUCUACGAUGGCAAAAGAAGUAUGGCGACUUGUUUGAAGACGUUGGUGCAGAUGAGGGAAGGAAAGACUUGGACAUUCGGGCUGCAGCACAACGUGGUCGAUAUGGUGACUGGCUUCACCUCCAACCUCAUGAACGAGGGUCUCGUUCAGAAAAUAUUAGAUAUUCUCGUCACCACUGAUGUGACAACAGAGCUGGAAAAGUUAGAACAAGGUCACGCAGUGGGUGACGUGACACACAGGUUGAUGUUACGUGAAGCUAUCACUGAUUUCAGGGCUACUUUGUCAGAAGUUAUCUUUGUUUGGUCCUGUCAGAACCCUCUUCCUGCUAACGACUGUUUGAAGGUGUUGUGUCACGUGAAGAAGCAUUGUAACACGAGCAAGGAAGGCACACUAGAAGCAGACACCGCAGCUCUCUUCAUGACCAUAUUGUACAACAUCGACCUGGAACCACUAGCUGAUAACGCAACUUCUCUCAUGACGGACAGCACUUUUACUAAAAACUUCAACCAGGAGCUAACAGAAGUAUCAUCUACCAAGUCAAGUGAGGGACUGCUAGCAGCACUGCACCUGGUUUGGGCAGUAAGUGUGAACGUGUGCUCCACAACCCAUUCUGCUCAACAUCUUGACAAGCUCCUUCAGGAGGAGGAGAUGUUGCUGGACUGGACCUUUAAACAUGGAGGUGUUGAGUUCCUGACGGGCAUGCUCCUCAAAUCUACUGCUUUCUUCCAAGAGGAAUAUUACGUGGCCCGAAUACACACCCUGAUAACCAAUAUGAUCUACUACCUGCCUCUGAGAAUAGGCGAGAUUCAGGCUGAUUCUAAACAGCAGCUUGACUCUAACUUAAAAAGUGAGUACGAGAAGUUGUUGGAGUUGAUGGCGGUGUUGUAUAAGGGUGAGAGUAGUGGACUGUGUGACAUGUUCUGGUAUCCAGACUCUCCUGGUUCUCCCUCUAACAAAGAUAACAACAACUUUAGCAAACAGAGUGGAUUGUUCAAGUUUGUGAAGGUGGGUGCAGAACAAGUAACCCCACAUCUCUUUGUCCAAUACCUGAAAUUCCUGUGCGCUAUCAGCAACACCACUCAGUCUGCUCGUCACUGCUACAACCUCCUGCGCUCGGACAGUGCUUAUGGGAGUGGUAACUCUCUGGUCACGUGGGAUCACUUCUUUGGGUCCCUCGAGCAGUACUUGUGGCACAUUCACGAGCAAUUAGAAGGUGUAAAGUUAGAACAGAACGUGUCAGUCCCUACAAUAACACCUGAGGAACUGGACGCACUACAAUCUGUACUCUCCCUUACAAAACACAUCCUCGCUCUGGACGAGGACUUGAGAACUACCAUGGCUGAAAACAGUCAGUGGCAUAUUGUGUCCACUCUCUUCGGUCUUCUCUCCUGCCCUGUCGUACCACAACUCAAAGGCUCCAUAUUGGACUGCAUUGCUGUACUGACUGAGACACCGGAAUUGUGUUUGUCGUUAUGGCAACAGUUAGAGGCUACACAGAUACUGCCUACAGUUCAAACAAACACCACUAAACUUGGAAUCCAGUCAGAAUUAGAAGAAAUAGAAUCAAGAAGCGAGACCUACCCGGAAACCAGAGGAUUCCUAAACCUACUGAAAGGACUGCUGUCCACUACUAUCCCUGGAUCACUGGGUGUAGGGUACAGACAACCUGGCCUCAUUCCUUAUCUCAACUUUGUCAAGGAGUCUGUUUUCUUGAAGUUCGAUAUCAGAGCGUACAGCGAUAAUAAUGAAAUGUGGGAGGUGGCAGCGGAAUGUAUGGGCAUAUUCCACGUGUUUCUGGACCAGUUCCAAGUAAAUGAGCAAGAUUUGGAGGAGACUGUCAACUCUCCUGCUUAUCAUCUUCUCACUCAGCUUCUCAACGACACUCCACUUCUUAUCAAGAUAAUGACAGUAGUAGAAUCAGCAUCCAAAGUCCUCUCAAAAGGAGAGCGACUGAAAGGAGGUCAUCUGUCUGCAGCUAAGAGCGCUGUGAAGCUCCUAGCUCUAACCCUGGAAAUGCAGGAGGAAAUGUUGAGUUUGUUGAGGGAGUCCAGUGCUACCACCAUCGUCACCCCACUUCAGCAGCUACUUCUCACCAUUAAUCCUUCCACUAGAAACUCUGACUUUAUUCUUCAUAUUGCCAAGUUUAUGAUACCGUUAAACACAGACCAAGAUAUAGUACACGGUUGUUUGAAGUUGCUGGUAGCAGUUUGCAGCAAACCUGGCACCCUGAGCCCGGUCUCUAUAAUACUUACUCAGAAGAGUGCUGUUGCUGAGGAACUGAUGCAAAGUCUGGUGGAACGGCUCGAGACUGACGAACCCGAAACGGCCUCGGGAUCGUCAGGAGAACACAACGCAAUCCGGCAGAAGAUCCUGAACCUGUUGAUAAGUCUCUUAGACUUUGCCCCUCCUAACAUAGGAUACUAUCUACUGGGAUUCGAUAUUACCAGACCCCUUAACAAAACAGUACUCCAGGAACCAGGUAUUCAGGGAUGCAAGAGAACGUGUCUUCACAGUGUGAUAGAUCUGCUCUUUAAAGAGCUCCCACCCAACUCUUUGUACGACACACCUGUUCUUUCUCACCUCUGUUAUCAGCUGCUCCUCAAACUCUCCACCAACAGACACACUGGUGCUGCAGUGUUAAGAUAUCUCCGCUCAACGUACGACUUCUUCGGCAAGUUUCUAGAGAUCCACCCCUGGAGUACAGACUCAUCCCGACUGGAGCACCAGACUGAGUUCCUCCAACUUCUGGCUCUGGAGCUACUUGUUACCUCCAGAGCUAACCUCACUAGUUAUCUUCAGAGGUUACUGCUUGGUCUUGCUGGUCCUAACAGUACAAUUCAAGGCCCAUUUCAUGCUCUGGAAGGCUCAAGAAAACUUCUCUCCCUUCUUGAGUCAGUCUGUAAGAUGGACGUGGGAACGUUCGUGCCCUUGGAACUGAACUACUUCGACACUGAGAAACUGGAGAUGCUGAUAAAGCAGCAUCACUACAAGGAGGGAGGCUUGUCUCUGGUGAACGUGGUGACUCUUCACAAGACCCUUCAGAGUGAGCUCAACAUGGUUUCUAACAACAACAUUCCUAUCGCUCAAAGGAAUGAGAUCAACGAGGAGAUCAAGGCUAUCCUGAACAACACAGUUGAACGAAACACUAUCCGCCGUAAGAUAAGUUUGAAGCGUAAAGCGUUUGACGCGUGGCGGCAGGUAGUGGAAGUAAUGAUAGUAGGCUGCAACAAUGAGCUGGUGCCCUCACGGCAGACUCUGCUGGUGGAGCUGACCCAGGCUAUCCUGGCUAAGUCACGUGAUGGACAGCCCCUGUCUGGACUACUGUCCUCUGCUAGUGGUUGUGUGGUUCUGCUCAUUCAGCAGCUCAGAUAUACUUCUCAGAUUCCUAACACUGACAUUGUCCUAGAAGGAGCAGACCCCCUACCCCCAGGUCUUCUCCAAACCAUGACACGUAACUUGGUAGAAGCGAUAAUACAGUGCGGUGGUAACAUGCAGCAAGCACGUGCACAUCUCUACGCCGCGCUACUUCAUUGUCUCAAGAUGUCUGUUAGUAACGAUACUAACGAUGUUAAGCUGGGCGGAGCUAUAGCUCAGGGUUACCAGAUCGUGGACAGUGAUAGUCUGGCUGUUUUGUGCUCUUAUGGGGACAUCUUCAUUGAGUCACUCUGUAAGGACGCUUCCAAGGGUCAUGGUGUUACCAAGAUUUUGGCGUUUUCCUUGCUCUCGAUAAUCCUUGGAGCGGAUACGUACCAGAACUGGCUAAAACAUCUGAAUAGCAAGGGUUAUCUGAAACAUUUCAUUGAGUCAAUCAACACUGAUAAUCAGAACUUACUCAUGGGACUCAACUCUGACAACAUUAAACCCCUGUUCAUCUACGAAGCUAAAUUGGCGUUUUUAGCUCAGAUAGCACAGACCGAGGCAGGCGCGACAACCCUGCUAGAAGCGGGAAUAAUCCCCCGACUAUCCGAACUGACAAUCCUACACCAACUCCCAGUCUCUUCUGAACUAUAUAAGCAACACCUCCUGGUUCAGCCAGUCUUCACCUUACUGACGUCAUUGCUUACGUCACUGGGCAGUAAACAUGUGGUCGCAAAUCGAGAGGCAUCCCACUUGGUGUGUGUCCACUCGGAGCUGAUAUCGAGUAUAGUGAAGAGCAAUCCCGGAGAAGAGCGGAGUAAGCAGGACUAUCAGGAUCUGUGUGUUGUGACGUCACUUCUUGCCUGGCUCAGAGCUCACCAACAUGACCUGCAUGAUGAAGAUGUGGCAGUGAGUAUUCAGCUACAGUCCACAAGUACUCAGCUACAAAGACACCUCAUCAACCUCCUCCACUCCCUCCACCUUCCUGGGAAGUGUACUUCCGCUGAUACGGACCUGGAGGUACAGACGAUAAAGUUACAGAUAAUAACGAAUGUGGUGUCGUAUUGCGUGUCUGCAAUGGGGAACACGAGCGUCAUACACGCCGUUUUCUCCCCUGAACUAGGAACAAAGAAAGGAAACAACUUGAAUCUACUGAUAGGUUUGCUGCAGAAAGGUCUGGAAGCAUCGUCUCACCAUUCAGACGCAUACAGUCAGCUUAUACACAAGGCAUUGCACGUUAACCAGCUGAGUACUGAAGAACAGCGCGAACUAGCAAGCUGUAUAGCACCUGACACUGAAAAAUGUAGUGCAGUACAGCGAGCCAAAUACGCUGAACUCAGACUUGAACAGCUGGCUGAAACCAAAGAUAAGGAGCUAUCCCUCUAUACCCAGCUGAUUGAGAAUCUGGUGUUUUUGUUGUGGAGACAUGUCCAGUAUUAUACUGUGUACUGCAAGGAUCCUACUGAGGGGAUCGGAGGGGAACCUCUACCCAAGAAACUGCUUUCUUCUAACCAGGACUACAUAAAAAAUUUAACGAGAGAGCUACCUCUUCACCUGACGGAUCCUCUUCUGAAGAAAAUCGUCGACUUUUGCUCGAGUAAAAUAUCGUCCAGCAUGACCUCGUCGUUUACUUCUGCUCUAGUCCGGCGAGUACGCAAGCUCAUGACCGCUUAACCAGGCGCCCCUGGGGGUCCGGAUCUAUUGUUUUGCAGAUUUUAUAAGACUAAAAACUUGUGACUGGAUUUAGAUUUGUUUUAAUCCGUUGGGCUGUUUGCGGACUCUGCACCGAACUUUGUUUCCUAUUCCUAGAAAAUGUUGACUUGUCCCGUGAAUUUUAAAAUUUCUACUUAACAUUUUUAACUUUCUUCGUUUUGACUUGGUGAAAAUA